AUGCACAUUUGGUCGGCAGUAAUACUACUAAUCAGCUUCAUAUUCACAGUAUUUGCAUCUCAGUCACAGCAUCAUCAGCAGCAUCUACUUCCUAAGCAAGACUUUAACGCUUUUGACUCGCCCGAUUUCUGCUCGCAGAUAAUCACAUCAACAUGUAACACUACGUUUUCCUACAUUGACAAGCUCAAUAAAGAAAUACGUCCGUAUUUGGCCGAUUUGGUCAAGACGUCCUAUUUCCGGUAUUUCAAAGUUGAUUUGGACAAGCAGUGCAAGUUUUGGAAUGCUCAGCAUUUCUGCGCGACUGAAAACUGUGCCGUGGAAGUGUUGGAGGAUUUCAACUGGAGUGGCGUGGGUGAGAACCUCAAGCCUUCGAAAUUGGGCAAGAUCAAGUUGCCUGACACCACCCACGUUGCCAACUCGAUUGAAACUGAAAGAAUCGGCACUUGUGAAGAUUUGGACUAUUCCCAUUUCGAUGAUGGCCACACUUGCGUCUAUGUCAACUUGUUGAACAACCCCGAAAGAUUCACUGGUUAUGGCGGUAACCAAAGCUUUGACGUGUGGAAGGCCAUUUAUUCGGAAAACUGCUUCCCCAACACCAACCCCAUGUCGAUGCGUCCUAACCAGGAGAAGGAAAAAUGUCAGGAGAAAAACUUGUUUUAUCGUUUGGUUAGUGGCAUGCAUGCUUCAAUUGCAGUUCACUUGUCCAAUGAGUAUUUGAACUCGGAAACUGGCGAGUUCUACCCCAAUUUGAAUGUGUUUAUGCAAAGAGUUGGCUCGUUCAAUGACCGGUUAUCCAAUAUUUACUUCAAUUAUGCGUUAGUUGCUCAAUCUUUGGUGAAAUUGAACAAAGUGUUGCCGUUGAUGGACUUUAUCCGCUCGGGAUACGACGAUAUCACCCCGACUCAAAAGGAGCACUUGUUGGCAAACAACGACACUGAGCGUGCAGAAUUGUACGACGAGCUUUUAUUUGAUGAUAUCAUCCCGGCAUUGGGUUCAAACACCUUGUUUAAUAGCUCGACCUUGUUUGACCCUGCCAAGGAUCCAAACUUAAAGAGCGAGUUUAGAGCAAGGUUUAGGAACAUUUCCGCGAUUAUGGACUGUGUUGGAUGCGACAGGUGCAGAAUGUGGGGCAAGAUUCAAACCAUUGGCUAUGGAACCGCUUUAAAGAUUCUAUUUGAAGAUGACUACCACAAGUUGAAAUUCAGAAGAAUAGAACUUGUUGCGUUGAUCAACACCUUGGACCGGUUAUCGAAGUCCAUUGCUGCCAUCAACAACUUUAAACAAAUGUACUUGCAGCACUUGAACGACGUUGCCGAGGGUAAAGCUCAGCCAGGAAACUACGAUAAUCUUACUGCUCAAGGCAAAGGUGGCUUCAGUUUCCCAUUUGUCAAUUCACUCCCAAGCAGACCCAUUCGAGCCUCAAUGGCUCCCGAGGCAGCUUCCAAACACGAAUCCAAAUCGCAUAGAGAAUCAGAGGCAUUCCAGUCGCCGUUAUCUGUCAAGGACAUUUACAAAAUCCCCGCCAGUGACCGUACUUUCAAGCAAGAAUUCCAAUUGGCGUUCUUGGAAGUUUGGGAAGCGUUGAAAUUUGUUGUUGGUAGUUAUAAACAGUUUCCAAUCAUUAUCGGUAAAGUGACGCUAGCUCAAAUCAAUGACUGGUGGAACCAAUUGAUUGGCAAGCCACAAGUUUACGAGUACAAGAGCGCGAUCGAUAUUGAAGCUAAGGAGUACAGCAGGCUCAUUGAUUUUUGA